AUGUUCGAAUUGCGGCAAGAAAUUUUAAUGUCUAAUGGAAGCGUUUCUCAUUCACCGAAUAACCUAUCAGUUUUCUUUCAUGAAGCAAAAGAUCUGACUCUUGCUUGUAUGGUACAUGAGGAUCAGAUUGCAAUAUUAAACUGGGAUCAAGGCCUGAAUAGUUUUACAUGUAAUAAUCUGCCAAUCAAAGCUAAUAACUUCGAUGCGCCCGUUAUCGUACUGCAAGCGAAAUACUGCACGCCAGUGUGCAGAACAUUUCCUCUUUUGGUUAUUACUACUUCCAAGGGAGUAAUGAUUUACGAUGUGAAAACUUUCAAAUUACUUGCAUGGAACGAGAUGAGUGAUACUUCAGAACCAGCAACAAGAAGUGAACAAACAUAUCGCUUUACAAAAGGAAUUACUUAUGUAGAAAACUUGAUAGCUGUUGGAUCACAUUUAGGAGAAUUGCUAGUAUUCAGGUGCUCAGGUGAAAAUUCCGUAACUUUCAAAAGAAGUGUCCAGGAGCAUGAUUUUGCAAUAGCUGAUGUAGCUACUUGCCGUUUUGAUGAUUUAACGUGUUCUUGCGAUGUUUCGGGUAAUAUCGCUGUUUGGGUCAAAAAUUUCAAAAGUGUUCAGAAAAAAUUCAGUACUGGGCUUGAAAUCAAUUGCAUCAACGUAUUAAGAAAGCAGGUCAUUAUUGGCACUUUCGUGGGUCAGCUAUUAUUUUAUUCGACAUUGAAUGGACAGUUAAUGGCUGAAGUGAAUGCACAUGUCCGUCAAAUAAAUGCAAUUGCUGUAGCUCCGGAAAGUGCUUAUGUUUUAUCAGUUAGUGAUGAUACAAUGAUACACUUAUGGAAAUUGCAUAUCCGUAAGCCCAAAACUUAUAGAGUUGAAUGGCAGUAUAAUAAAAGAGUUGAAAACAUGCCACUGGUGGGUGCGCAAUUUAUCAAUGGUCGAGGAAGUGAUUUUGUUGUAGCAGCUUAUGAUUAUUCCAAGUUACUUUAUUAUCAGAUAACGAAGAAAUUGCCAGAAGGAUUGAGGGAUGAAUUAAGAUGUUGA